AUGAGAAAACAGUGCACGAGAGCGGUGGACUUUGUCACUGACUACCUGCAGGGAAUUUCGCGGUACCGCGUCUUUCCAGACGUUGAGCCGGGCUUCCUUCGGCCCCUCCUGCCUGCCGAGGUCCCACAGACGUCGGAAUCAUGGGAUAAGAUCUUCGAGGAUGUGGAGAACAUUCUGAUGCGAGGGGUAAGGUCUACUUCUGCAAUUACACAUGCCUUUUGCAUUACCAGGGAACGCUUUCCCACAUCUUUCUCAUCUAUUUUGUGGUAAUUUGACUUACCCUUACGAUCGAUAUAAAUCGUUUAUGGAUGCCCGGGCCCGGCAACACUAAUCUGAUAGCCUCAAGAAAUCAUCAGGAGUACCGCCAAAAUCGUAUUUUGACAUAGGUUAGGAAGUGGAGCAGGUCUAGGAGCGCUGUCGACGUGAAAAUGUCCGGAAAGUAUGGCUUGUCCUUGUCGAAAGGCAAGAAGACAGAAUUGCCACGGCAGCCUUUGCUCCAGUCGUAAGUGUUAAAGCAGCGACAGCGAUCGUCCAACCAUGCUAGAAGCCGCCGACGCAGCCAAAUCGCAGGGUUUGGUCGUGUGUCUGAGCCACAUCUGCCUUUUGCCAAUAAGUAAAGAUCAAAAUAUCGACCGGCGUCACGGUAUCGAUAUGCCGAAGGCUGUGUCAAACCCGCACAAACGAUUAAGUGGGACUGUUUGGUUCCGGUUGCUUUAAUUGCCAUAGGACCACAUAAACACCAAUGAAACUCUGGUGAAACGAUCAGUACAGAAUUUUUAUUCCUACUUAUGGGGUGCAUGGAAGUCAACUCCAUUCAGGAGAUAUUUCUUCCUUCCCCGUUCAUUCUUAUCUUUCUUCUCACUUAAUCCCUGAGAGGGGCUGACUAAAACUUUGGUACAACCAUCAUCAAUUACUACCUCAGCGGUGAUUGCGAGAGCUAUUAAUUACAGUGCGCACAUGGUUCCACGGUUGCCACGUGCUAUAAAUACUGCCCUCCUUGUGCCACCAUUACCCUUAUCUGCGACUCUCUCUGAUGAUGGAUUCGAGUGAGAAUCUGCAACAUCAGGCCAAUACAUUUCUGGUUCCAGUAAUCACAUCUUCGUCUAAUGAACUGCUGCCUAGAACUCGCCUGUUCACUUCUGUCAACAAUAUGCCUUUUUAUUCUUUCACAUGUUCAACGCAGGUAGUCCACUGGCAUCAUCCUAAUUUCUAUGCAUACAUUGGCAUCGCAAACUCCUAUGCAGCCUUGUGUGCGGACAUCAUUUCCAGUGCGAUCGGUGGGGUGACCUUUACGUGGGUGAGCGCAUUUAAUUUUCCAUUUUCUCCCUCAUUCCUUAACUGCCUAUAAUACCUAUGACAUCUGCUAAUCUUUGAAUAGUUAAGCUUAAGUUCCGAGCCCUGAAUUUUAGAACAGACGGUUGAGGCAUUUUUCUUCAUAAAAACCAAUUUUAUCUAUUCGGCAGAUUAGAAGUUUUGUGAUGUCAAGCAGACGUCGUUGAAUAUCCCUACCUUAAUAUAGAGACGCUGCUAACUACGCAUGGGCGUCUAGUCUUUUGAUGAAAGUUCUGGGCUACUGUGUUACCAAGCGUUUUUUUUAAUUUUAUACCUGCCGCUAACGAGUGUCUCGUCUUAGGAGGCGACAGAUUAUUCAGACGCUGAAUCCUUGUAUUCAGGCUGCUAGAUGGGUCACCAGGCCACCCCGUGCGCUGCAUGGUUUCAGGUGAAACCGCACUUUACCAACCCUCUCUCACAACUAGGCCUGAGGUUGAUAGUAGUGAAAAGAAAUCGGUCGGUGUAAUUUCUGCAUGCAGUAUUAACUAAAGUGAAUCCUAGCCCCAUCCCCAAUAACUUACUCAAUCAACUAAAUGACUCCCAAGCGUCGCUUAUUCACCACCGCCCCCGUCAUCCUAGACGCACGGACAUGCGUGUUUUAAUUUUUUCCUCAGUGUUUUUUAAAAAUGUAAUUAUGUUUGUCGCGCCGAAGCGACAUUUACUUCCCUGCCUUUUUAAAUGACAGAGCAUUGGCUUAUUGAAGAAUUCAACCAAACAGACUGUUCCGAAGUUUUUAGAUCUGGGAGACAAUUUCCUCCUAAAAAUUAGCUAAUUUCCUUGUAACAUACCUGUCUUAAUUCGCCAUUUAAAGUGAUUUAUGUGAAGUGAUAUUGCUGAAGAAGGGAGUUAACCAGUCAGCUUGCAGGCGUGCUCGAUCAGCUGUGCCGUGGACCCCAAUAGGAAAGUGCCGACAAACAGAUGGAUGGCCAUUUCUGACCCACGAGACGCCGUUAGACAGCCAGACGACUAAAAAGCCACAAAUGAUCAUCCCCUCUAUCUUGUUUUCAACGACAUUCCCUCCGUCCCGCAGAACGGAUUUUUCUGUUUGCACUCCUUGAUGGGACAGCCAUUGAUUUUAGUCAGGCUCUUCACGAGUUGCAAUGCUCAACGCAAACGGAAGUAUCAAAAUAACAGGUUUUUUUUAUUUUCAUCCUAUACCGUUGGCUAGACAAGCAAACUUUGAUCAUGUCGACGUUAAGUAAGCAGUUAAUAAGCAGGUCAACUCUACCUGAUGUUUGCUGCUCUUCUGAAAACAAACUCAUCAGGCGUUUCUAAAAUUCCUGUUUUACGUAUUUCUCUUGUCUAAAUUUUACACAAACAGAAAGGAUUAACGAUAUAAUCACCGGACAGGCUCCUUCCCUUUCUUAUAGGCAUCUUCCCCUGUGAGCACGGAACUGGAAGUCCUGAUGCUGGACUGGCUUGCGAAAUUGUUUGCCCUGCCAGAAUUCUAUCUUUCGCAUACAAAUGGCGGAGGCCUCAUUCAGGUAGGCAACCACUUGAAUGUGCUAGCUCAUAAGUUGUUAACUGAAACUCUGGAAUGUGCUCUUGAUCUAAAGAGGACUGCUGAAGUUGCAUUGUAACAUUAAUUAUCGUAGGGAAUAAUCCCAAGAUAGUUCAGUCAUGCCAGGAUUCUGCCUUUCAAAUGAGCCUGUUUGCGGCCGUCUGAAAAAACCACGCUCCGUAAAACACGACUACUUAAGCGGCAUGAAUUUUCUCAUUGGUUUUCGAUGCCCUUAUAGAUUCAAACAUUAGGCAGAAAACAUGCCUGAAAAGGCAUACAUAGUAUCGUUUGAUCUUAAAAUAAUUUCUUAUUAUAAGACUUUUUGGAUUGUUAAACGUACAACAUGGCAUCCGAACGUAUAGUAAUACUACUUAUAAAUUAUACAACCCAGUCCAAGUUCACUGCACAACUCUACGAAACCUAUAUGACAUCUUCCAGACAACGGAGAGAUGUGUACGAUUCCCCUUUGGCGGAAUAAAUACAGCAUGUAAUUCGGAAAUCCUGAAUGCACGUGUAAAGGCAAGCGAGGAGAGAAAUUAUCGGGGAAUUGGAGAGGUUUUUAAAAACCGGAAGCUAUUCCCUCUUCAAGUAGGAGAUUUAAAGAUGACGUGAUUUGCUACCGUAUAAGCACCGGAGAGAAUCUUUUUAGUUUACGUUUUCUAUGAAAUAUGUCUGCAUUUAUAAGGGCAUCGAAAAUAAAUGGCGAAAAUACUUAGAACCUAAGUAGUCAUUUUUACGAGGUGUAGCCUUGCCAACGGCCGAAAGGAAGCUCAUUCAAAAGCCGGCAUCUUGGCGCGACUGGAAAAUCUUUGGGUUAUGAUGCACGGUAAUUAAUAUUAGAAUACUAAUUAAGUAAUAUUUCCAAAUUGAAAACAUGCUUCAGAAUUUCGAUUAAUAUUUCAUGAGGUAACACAUUUAGUAUAAUCCUGCAGCCCGUCUAAUUUACAGUGACAGUCACCUGUCCACUGUUGAUACAAUUAUUAAUCGCGAUGUGGCCUAAGAGUGUUCUUCGAGUUCAUGAUGGUGGCAGUAUUCCCUAAAUUGUUCGGCUGUGUUAAGCUAUAAGCGGGGUCCCGUAACGCGAUGAGUCACGCAUGAAAUACCUUGUUGAUCUGUACAGCCUUUGAUAUUUUCUUUAUAGUUCUUUGAUGUUACUCGCCAUCCAAUUCUUUCUCGCAUACUUCCUCUGCGUGUAGAAAAUGGGGAUUUCAAAGGUACACACAUAAGUUUCCUCAGAUAAACUGAGGUAAACUGAGUAAGACCUUGUGUGAUUCACCAGUGUGUCCUACCUUGAGACCGCCAACCUAUCGAUUUCCCCCGACAAGGUUCAUUAAUUAGUUCCGCAAUAAGCAUGAUUAUCAUUAAAGGGCUGACCAAUGAGGCGUUUGCUCCUCAGAAUGCUUAAAUUAUUCUAAACGAAUAGACUGGAGAUCGAAAAGCUGCGAGCUAUCCGCAUUCAAAAGAACUUAAAUGUACAGAGUGAUAGGCCGCCUACGAACUACGUUUAUUACCUACGACAGGAUAGAACUUUGUAUUAAAUGCAAUAAUCUUGUCUGCCAUGUGCUUGUUCAACUUAAAGUUGUCCUUCUGUCCGACUAAUUACCAACGGGUAACGGUAAGACGCUCGAUAAGGAAAUUGUCAAUCGCCAAGCGGGCUUGUGGUGAAGCCACAAAUGAUUCUUUGCCUAUAAUAGGCUCGAAAUUCAGGAAAAAAAUGGCUCAGAUUCCUAACAAGAUGCCUCCAAGUUAUCACAGGCAAGCGGCCUAUUUAGGAAAAAUAAUCGACAUUACUCCAUCUUGCCAUUUCUGUCUUCGUCCACACAGUGAUUUCUGCUGAUGAUAAUCAGAAGCUCAUGUAUGGGGUGUUAAUUUUUCUAAAUUUUAGGCCACAUCAAGCGAGUGCACAUUCCUCGCUCUCCUGAAUGCUCGGAAUAUUGCCAUUGAGAAGUACCAAGCACGCAACCAUCAAGCCUCAAAAUUUGAAAUUAUGGAACGUCUGGUCGGCUACUGCUCGGAGGAGGUGAGUACACCCAUCCAGACGAAGGCUAAAUCCGAUGACCUAGGGAUUUUCUUAGGUGCCCCCAUAGCGGAUGCUUGACGCUGGAAACCCCAUUGACUUCUUUGACAGGAAUAUGAAAGAACCGGCAAUUGUCUUCCUUAAAGGCACACAUUAAAUGUCUUCAUGGGUUACCAUUAUGUAUUUUAACAUAUCAAGAAGCGCCGCUAAGACUUGUCUGUACUUAGGCGAAGGCUAAGGAUUAGGGUUUUGCUUGCGUUUUGGAACUUGUCUAGGACACACUUUCUCCAACCGAGCGACCUAGUAUGAUUUUCGUUGUAUUUUCCUGUUGAACUAAUUAACCUGGAAUUUAAUUGACUAUCAAAGUAGAAUCGUUAUUUUUUCUGCUUAGAUUAUUUGUCAAUGCAUGAAAGCUGACAAGUUAAACUUGAUCACUAACAAAUAGUGUAGUGCACGAUGUGCUACUCCUUUUCAAGGCGCAUGUCUGUGUCGAAAGGGCGGGUCUCCUGGCACUUCUACGCAUUCGUCCAUUGCCCCGCAACGAGCACUUUGAGCUGGAGGGUCAAACUCUUCAACAGGCCAUCGAGCAAGAUCUCGCUGACGGAUUGAUCCCCUUCUUUGUAAGCAGUUCUUCUGACUUAUACCAAACUAAUCAGGUUUCUCAUGGAGGUUUUAGUUUAUCCCCAAAUAUCGGAAAUGUUUUUGGUUGUCCGGAGGGGGCACAGUUGUAAUUUGCAAGCAAAGUUAAUUUAUAGUGAGGCAGACUUUCACUGCAUCCAGUUCACUUUCUUCUCUCAAGCCUACCAUGGUCUGAUGAUAAACCAAUGGCUGACAAGAUGAAGCGGCCAGUUCACGUGUGCUACCCAACUUACUGUCUAAACUCCACGUCCUUAACAAUGAUAUUUCGGAUUCCCCAUUGAAGAAAGCUGCCGGAUAUAAAACAAAGGAAGGAACCACUGCUGCUCGAUUCCUAUUUUAGGAGAAAAGUUACUUUAGGCAGAAUAGCAUUAUUAACAAAGACUGGGGAGCCUGGAAUGGCAAUUUCUGGCUUAUUAGCCGUCGUCAGCCAGCCAUACCCAAGCCCGAAGUGUGGAACACCCGAGCCUCGAACUCGCGACCUGUUGGUUUAGAGGUCCACGCCUCUACCCACCGGGCCACGAGCCCGUUGCCCUUUACCCACCAUCUGACGGCCUUCUAAAUCCAGCAUUCCAUCACAUAUCGAAUAACCUGCUUGAUUGCUUGAAUAGGGAAUUUUCUAACCACAUCCAUCUGCUUGAUUUUUAUCCUUUCAGUGCACUGCAACCUUCGGCACCACUGGCACCUGCAGCUUCGACCGCGUGGAAGAACUGGGCCCAAUCUGUCAGAAGUAUGAUCUGUGGCUCCAUGUGGACGCUGCCUACGCCGGGUCGGCCCUAGCCUGUCCCGAGUUUCGCAAACUCAUGCCCGGCAUCGAAGUAAUGAGUUAA